AUGGACGACCUCGACCACAGGUGCGCAUCCCUGCGCGCCCAGAUCGUUGCCACAGAAACCCAGCUCGCCGGAUUAAAACGCGAGCUGGAGAACGCAGAGCAGACCGCCACUAAUAUCAGACAGAGUGUCGAGAACUCCGGCAUUUCAGCCGCCACGGACAAGAACAGAGAAAAGAGGAGGUGGCCCCUGCUAGACGAGGAAUAUCGGCGGUAUGGGAGACAAAUGAUUGUGCCGCAAUUGGGGUUGCAAGGCCAACUGAAACUCCGAGCUGCUAAAAUUCUCAUUGUGGGUGCGGGAGGGCUAGGAUGUCCGGCGGCGCUGUAUCUUGCUGGUGCCGGCGUGGGCACGAUUGGUUUGGUUGAUGGGGACACGGUUGAGUCGUCGAAUCUCCACCGGCAGGUUUUGCAUCGGAGUAGGAACGUUGGGAAGUUUAAGGUGGAUAGCGCGAUUGAGUAUCUGCAAGAGUUAAACCCCCAUCCUACAUAUAUCCCUCAUAGAGCGCAUCUCACGCCUCAAGAGGCCCCGGAAAUCUUCGAAAACUAUGACCUAAUUCUUGAUUGCACUGAUAACCCGGCGACGCGGUAUCUGAUUUCAGAUACAGCCGUGCUCCUGGGUAAACCAUUGGUUUCGGCUUCUGCGUUGCGCACUGAAGGUCAGCUUAUGGUGUUAAAUCACCCCCCUCGGCCGGUAGGUGACAAGACUGGAGGACCAUGUUAUCGAUGCGUCUUCCACAGACCACCGCCAGCAAAUAGUAUUAUGAGCUGUGCGGAUGGCGGGAUUCUCGGGCCCGUGGUCGGUACAAUGGGUGUGCUUCAGGCAUUGGAGGCGAUCAAGGUGAUAACCUCCCCGGUUGACGAGGCGAGUCAGCCAUCAUUGCUCAUCUUCUCGGCCUAUUCAACACCCCAAUUCCGAACCAUCAAGCUCCGAUCCCGACGACCAAACUGUGCGGUGUGCUCUGCCGAUGCAAGCGUGACAAUGGACACGAUAAGGUCAGGAUCUACUGACUAUGUGUUUUUCUGUGGAACCGUGCAACCGGAAGCUCUCCUCUCACCAGAGGAGCGCAUCUCGCCAUUAGAAUAUCAAGCGAUGUAUCCGCAAAUGGCAGCAGAGACCGCACAAACGACGAAAAAAGAGCCUACAAUCAUUGACGUCCGUGAGAAGGUUCAGUACGAUAUUUGCAGCUUGGAGAAGAGCGUCAACGUUCCCAUCUCGACUAUCCUUUCGGGCACAGCCACAAGUCCUGAUACUGGAGAAUCAACUCUUCCACCAUGGCUUCCCGCCGAUAUCGCCUCCAACUCGACCGACCCCAUCUAUGUGGUCUGUCGCCUCGGAAACGACUCGCAAGUUGCAGUUAAAAAGAUGAAGGAGCUAGGCCUAGACCGCAGCGGGGAACGGGUGAUCGUUGAUAUUCGAGGCGGGUUACGUGCAUGGCGCGAACAGAUCGAUCCGGAGUGGCCUGAAUAUUAG